AUGGCGCUAAAGAUGCUAGAGAAGGUGAAGAAUGUAGAGAAGCUUACUCUCGGGGGAAACUUUCUUCAUUAUCUAUCUCUUGCCGAGAUUCGUGGUGUUCCUUUUCCAAUGUUGAAGGUGAAAUAUUUGACUCUUGAUACAGCAAUCUUUCGGUAUGUUAUUCCUGGUUUAGAAAGAGUGUUACAAAACUCUCCUGAUUUAAAGAAGCUACCAGUAAGUGCAAGGAAUUACAACACCAUUCCGGAGAAGCAUCUUGACGACUACUUGAAGCGACCAGGCUUGGAUCCGGAUCAAUGCUGGAGAUCAAAAGAUGGGGUCGAUUGGAACAAUUCCUCUUGGGAUGUAAAUUCGAAGCAUAUGGUUUCACUCGUGGAACUCGUGCUUGAAAACACCAAGUCAUUAGACAAGAUAAUCCUUCUUAAGUUCAAAUACCUGUUUCCACCACUCUUUCACACCAACAAUAAUGUCUCCAUUGUGCAAGGAUGA